UUUUUUUUUAAAAUUAUUUUUUAUUGCGGCUGUGUGUCGAGCUGUUUCGUAUCGAUAUUAAAAAUCCAGCCGUGGCAGAGCAGUGCAGAGCGGAGGGUGGAAUCGAUGCUGAUGCUGUAGUUUGCCAAUACUAUGUAUAAAUAUGUGGCACCGCAAGGACGUAACACCCGGAAUCCUCGUCCCCAGCAGCGAAGAUCAACAUCAACACCCAAUGAACGACAGCAACCUUUACGCAAUGGUAAAGUGUUUACGAUCACAAAAAUAUCUUCUACCAAACCUAUAUCGGUAAACACCGGGGAUCAGCCUAGGAAUUCGAGCUCCCACACUAGAAGAGUUAUCCAUCCAAGGCACAGUCGACACAAUCGUUCCAAUAUGAUGGCCGAAGAGCGCAUCAACCCUUUUGAUGAUGAACCGCCUAAAGAUGAUCAGCCAGGAUGUUUUCGACGGCAGUUCCACCGGAUUACUCGCAAUGUCCGCCAACGGAUUAGUGGCGAGGGUCGAUCGAAACCACCCGAUUGGUUCCUUGAUAAGUUUUCGACUCAAACCUUCACCGACCCCGAAGAACCACUGUACCAGGCAAAACGAUCCAAGUUCCUUUGUGGACUUAAACUGGCAUUCGAUCCAACAGAACAAGCGCAUUAUCGGUGGCUCACUAUCGUCUCCCUGGCCAUACUGUAUAACGUCAUAUUCGUUAUUGGACGAGCGGUUUUCUGGAAGCUGGACGAACUCACCACCAUGUGGUUCGCGGUCGAUUACCUCUGUGACAUCAUUUACAUCAUCGAUACGAUUAUACAUGCUCAUGAAGGUUAUUUAGAACAAGGACUCAUGGUAAAGGAUUCUCAUUACCUUAGGAAAAAUUAUAUGAAAUCUGACGCAUGGCCCUACGAUGUUCUCUCCCUUUUACCGACGGACAUAGCUUACUGCUGGUGGACUCCAGGAUCCUGCAGCUACGAUCGUUUGCCGUGCCCUGUUAUUGUGCGACUUAAUCGGAUAUUUCGCCUGCCUCGAAUGUGGGAGUGGUUCGACCGCACCGAGACCGCGACUAGUUUUCCGAACGCUUUUAGAAUUUGCAAGGUCGUAAUGGCAAUCUUAGUCCUGAUUCACUGGAACGCAUGCCUCUACUUUGCGAUCAGCUACGCUGUUGGAUUUGGCACUGACAAUUGGGUAUAUAACAUCACCGGAGCUCAGAAUGAAACGUUGGCACACCAAUAUAUUUACAGCUUUUAUUGGUCAACGUUGACGUUGACCACUAUUGGCGAGACUCCCCAACCAGAAAUUGAUGUCGAGUAUGCAUUUGUAGUGGCAGACUUUCUGGCAGGAGUUCUUAUUUUUGCAACUAUAGUAGGCAAUAUUGGUUCUAUGAUCUCUAACAUGAACGUGGCGAGAGUUGAAUUUCAAAACAAGAUGGACAGUGUUAAACAAUAUAUGGCUUUUCGAAAAAUAACUGGUGACUUAGAGGCAAGAGUGAUCCGCUGGUUUUCCUACACAUGGGCGGAGAGUGGAGCUUUGGAUGAAGAAAACGUAUUAUCAUCUUUACCGGACAAACUGAAAGCCGAAAUCGCUAUUCGGGUUCACCUCGAGACACUGCGCAAAGUACGGAUUUUUCAAGAUUGCGAGCCCGGUUUACUUGAAGCUUUGGUGCUGAAAUUGAGGCUGCAAGUAUUCAGCCCUGGUGACUAUAUAUGCCGCAAAGGUGACGUUGGCAAGGAAAUGUACAUCGUGAAGCGGGGUAGGCUUCAAGUGGUAGCCGAUGACGGUACAACCGUCCUAGCUACUCUGAGUGCAGGAUCAGUUUUCGGAGAAGUCAGUGUUUUGGAGAUUGCUGGUAACCGCACCGGUAACAGACGCACAGCUAACGUCAGGUCAUUGGGCUAUUCCGAUUUAUUCUGUCUGGCUAAGAAAGAUUUAUGGGAAGCUCUUGCAGACUAUCCAGAUGCCAGGGCUACUUUAACUGCACGCGGUUGUCAAUUACUGCGUAAGGACGGACUACUCGAUGAAACAAUAUUCGAAAACGCUCAAACGACCCAGCAAAGCUUAGAGGAUACCGUUCGCAAAUUGGAAUCUACUGUUAUUAGUUUGCAAAAUCGUUUGCAAGUAUUACUGGCUGACGUUGGAGAAAAACAAGCAUUGUUGAAGCAGAGAUUAAAUAGACUUGAGACAAGGGCCAUCGAAGCUGAAAAAAAAAUGAACUCUCUUGGUCCAGAGGAAUUACGCCAUCAGAUUGUCAGGUCACGUGAAGAGAGAGAAACCAUUGGAAAUGCACAAGGGGGUUCUUUCAGGAGCCUGAAUCAGCCAGCCUGUCCUGCUAGGGAACGAGGACACUCCCUCAGUGUUGAGCGUAGCCCAGGUCUAUUGAAUGUCAAAACUGAGCCGAGAAGCAAGUCAUUACGACUGAAGCGGAUUCAAAUUGAUGCUUCAAAGUGAAUCUGUACAAUCGUAACGUUUGAUUAAUUUAGAAAUGUAUUGUUGGUCUAGAAAAGAGUUUUCGAAAAUCGAAAUUUACGUUUUUGUAAAUUAUUUUUGAUACCUGGAAAAGGCUUUAUAUGAAAACGUUUGGACUCUAAAUUUAAGAGAUGAUUGUGAAUUAUACUUUCGUGAUGGAACACGGUUUGUGUUGGUGCUGAAGGGAAA